AUAUUUUUUCUUCUUAUCGAGCCAAUUGGCGCGGGAGGUUUCGACGCAUAAUACCCUCUUAACUCGGACUUAUAUUUAUGAUGGUUGUAUUCAGGGUGUUACCGUACCAUGACUCUGGUCCUACCUAAAAAUAUUAAAAGCUCCUUUCAAUGCAGCAUCGACAUGCAAACAGGAAACAGAAUUUGAAAAUGAAAGUAUGAAGAAAAACUCUAUACUCAAAUGUGGGUAUAAAUGCCGAGGAUUAAUUUCAGUAUUGACAAUUUAUCUCUGAGAUGCGUCAAGGUGUAUUUUAUUGUAUUUAAGUGGCCAUAUUUCAUAUGAAAUUAAGUUAACUCAUCUGUAGUCCGAUACAUCAAAAGUGUUAGCUGACGGCCUAUUGUAGGAGCCCAGGUGUGUUGUAUAGGAACUGCUGAACAAACUAACAGCAUUGAAACGGCGUCCGUUACAGUUGUUUGUCACGGGUGAAAGUGACGAGCGCUCUGUGGGUGAAAGCGAUUCGCGGAUCGCAUGUUGCAUCGAACUCUCGAAGUGAAACAUUCUGAGCACCGCUGAAUACAACUCGUCACUUCGUUACAAGAAUGGUUUUGGUUUGCUUGGCCGUCGCGGUUGGUGUAGCCGUUUCUCAGGAUGACUAUGACCAUUUCUUUAGCGGCCCCAACCCCGGCAGCGGGCCAUCCAUCCCCAGCACCCCUAGCGGAGGUAAUGAUAAUACCGGGCCUGUCCUCUUCCCAAAUUCACCGGCCGGUGAUGAAACAAGUGGUGUCAUCGUAGGAGCUUCCGGCUAUGGUUUCGUUCCUCCCCGAAACUCAAUUGGUGGUGUACCGCACUAUGGCAGUUUCUCAUCGGGUCCUAGUUACGGCGGCUUCUUCUAGACUGACUACCUCAUACCACAUCUCACCACUUUCAUCAACAUUUCCACACUUCAAACAAAUGUCUUUUAUUUAUGUUUAAAAUAAACAAUAUGUUUUAAAAUUA